CCUGGGUUUCUGUGAAUUUUUGAGCUCCACGCCAUUCGCUCCGUUUGGGUGGCAGCCAUGCUUCCCGGAAAAAAACGUGCUGCAGUGGAAAUGGGUUCAACAGCUCAUCCCUACGCAGCUCAGCGCCAAGAGCAGAUCUUGAAGGAGAUCAAGGCUGAAGCCGAGGCGUUGUGCCGCCUUUAUGGAAAAUCGCUGGAAGAGAUGACGGAUUCCUUCAAGUCCUUCAAGUCUCCGAAUUGCAAGCGGCGUUUCUUUACACAAACAGAUUUCAAGGUUCGCAGCAAAGCUCUGCCACCAGUUUUCAAGCGUCCUGAACGGACAUUCUUUCCGUAUGCCCCAACCUUGGUUGGUGCGAGCGGUCUUGGGCAAGGACCAGGCAACUAUUGUCAUCAAGAGAUUGGUGGCACAGCGGAAAGACGCAGGCAUAUUGAGGAAGACGAUCAAGAACUGCCUCCAUCAAGAGGAUCUCAGGCCAGUGAAAGAUCCAGGCCGGCAACAUGUGUUGUCCGUGCUAAGUCAGCCUGCGACAUGGCAAGACCCUGCAGCUCCAAGAGAUCAGUAUCGUCAGCCUUGCUGCGCCAAGAGAUUCAGAAAGCAGUGCUACAAGAGGUAUCUCGAUCAUCCACGCCUCAGCGUGUGUCCUGAGGCGUAGGCGGUCUUGAUGGUUUUUAUAGAAACACCACGGUACUGACUCGUACUAGUUAAGUUUCCCGCGUCCUAGGUAGUAGCUACCUAGUUACUACUAGCUACUAGGGGCCAACCCCCCUUUAAAAUGAACAUCAGUACUGUAGUUGCAGAUGUACUUUUUUCAGAUUAGUUGAUUAGCGCCUCUGCCAAGCAGUGGCAACUUCGUUGGGGACCUAAAACAUUGCAUGGGGUCAAAACGAUGGUUGUUGCGGGGAUGGCCUUGUUUGUUUGUUGAUUCUGUUGAUUGGGGAUGGCCUUGUGGGAUCACAAGAUGCUUUUGGACCCACAGAGAUGCAUCAAAAAGGCCAAGACAGGAUCCUGCAGCCAUUCUUGGUUUUGAGCUUCUGAAAUGGACCG